AACGUUUUUCAGGGAAAGUUUUUUGGAUUACCUGAGGGGAAUUUAACAUAUGAAAACCAGGGAAACGCCAACUUGAUUAUGAGUGACAACGAAAAUGGGUUGUCGGUUUCCUUUUCGUCCGCGAGUUCAAGGCGAACAUCAAGUGAAAGUUUGGAAGAAAGCUUUCGUAAGAUUUUAAACGCAAGGGAUAAAGGAAUCACUACUGCUUUUCUUGAGAGGUAUGCCGUUACGUCUGGAGGAUUAAAAGUUUUAAGAUUCUUGAAUGUAAGAAGAGUAUGCUUUACCGCCGACCCGUCAAACCGCGGUCGAGUUUCGGGUCAUUGCAUUUUGUUGGAAUUACGUGACAAAACAUUGUCUUUCAUACUGCUUGUCAUUGUCGAUUUUGUUUAAUCAUUUCGCCGCUGUUUAAUACUGCUGGCAGCGUUUCACCGGCUUACCGGGGGUUUAUUUAUCUUUAUGUUUUGUCUUGUGAAUUCACAGCCCAGACCUGUCGAUAAAAUGCAAGCAGUUGAGGCUUAAAGAGGACAGUGUUCAAGGGAUCAUCGAACAAUUGGGUUCUGACAACGGCGAUGGUUUGGUGUCGCUGGAACAUAUACGAGAACAAGUUUUGAAAACCAAAGAAUUUGAAAAGCCGAAUGUGACGGAGGAUAUCUCAAAAGACGAGAUUAACACAAAUAAAAUGAACGAGAAGUCGACCGGUAGAGAGAGCUGGGAAAUCGACAGCGGUGCACAUGAUUUAAGCGGCGACCCAACUCUUCAACAGAUUAUGUCUGUGGCCAAUUCUAAGGGACAGUCUCGAUCAAGUAAUUUCUUGGAGUUAGCGAACACGGUGAGUUGA